AUGCUUUUGAGGUUUUUGUCUGCAAAACGAACAGUUCUCGCUCUCCCGCAUUGUGCACGUCUGUAUGCAACAUGUGGAACUCGAUCAUCCCUGGAUCAGUUAAAGAAAGUGGAUCGCCGCGUGUUCAUUGAUCGUUCCUAUCUAGACGGAGUGGCAUUGUUUACCAUGAAAUUUGAACAAAAGAAAAAUGCCCUGAGCAGGGUUUUCGUUGAAGAAAUGUCUGCCGCUAUGAGCGAACUGGAGCGAGAUGAUAAAACAAAAGUAGUCAUUCUGUUCAGUUUGAUUCCCAAUGUAUUCUGUGCCGGUGCAGAUCUGCGCGAACGAGCGGACGUCCCGGAUCCGGAUGUGCCUGCCCUUGUUGGUGGUCUUCGAUCGCUGUUCCAUCGGUUCUACACUCNCUACACUCUUCCUCAGCCAGUAAUUGCUGCUAUCGAUGGGUCGGCACUAGGUGGUGGUUUAGAGUUGGCUCUGGCAUGCGAUGUCCGAUUUGCGGGCAAUUUGCCACGCUGUCAGAUUGGCCUGAUAGAAACACACUGGGCUUUGCUACCGGGUGCGGGUGGAAGCCAGCGUUUACCUCGUCUGAUUGGUCCGGCCAAAGCGAAAGAGCUUAUGUUUGCCGCGCAACGUUUGUCUCCCACUGAGGCUGCUGCGGCCGGUGUGGUGAACGCGGCCGUGGAUCCGAGCGAUGUGCCCGAGGAGUGGCGUGAUAUGCCUGCAUUCUAUCACUCCAUGCAGUACGUCAGUGUGCUCAAAACCAAAGGCCCGAUUGCUCUCCGUUUGCUUAAACGGGCCGUAAAUGAGGGAUUGGAUGCACCGACUCUGGAACGCGGCCUGCAAAUCGAGGGCGAAUGUUACACUCGACUGGUGCCGACAAAAGAUCGUAAAGAGGGCAUGGCUGCGUUUAAAGAAAAACGACAACCGAUCUACCAUGGCCAUUAG